AAGGAAGACUGCAUUCCGGUGAGCGAUUGUCCCGUUCUCACUUCCGCGUCGCUGCGUAGUUACGUGCACUGUUGCCUUUACACACACGGAACCGCAGUCUUUUGGGAAACACGUUUCUACACUGACUUUCUGGUGUGUAGAAUGAGUUCAAGGGAAGAACGGCAGGCCUACACAAAGCGAUGGAAGAGGGUAAAACGAGAGUUUGCACAACUGGAACAGGCCGAGCAACAACAGGCACAUCUACAUCAAGAGCAGUUACAACAAGAACAGCCACAACCAUCACAGCUACAACUGGCACGUGAGUGUGAAGAGGUGUCAGAGCUUGUAGCAAUGCCAGCAGGUUCUGUGUGCAGCUCUGAGGAGGACAACGGCAGUGUUUAUUCUGCCACAGACCUGGACAUUUGUGAUGUGCCCAUGGACGGACUUGUACAUCAGACAAGUGACUCCUGCAAUGAUGAACAUAACAUAAAGGGCUCACUCAAGUGCUUUUUACAACACUGGGCCUUAAAACAUCAGAUUCCACACUCUGCUUUUCAUGACCUGGUUGUUGGGCUGAAAGCCAUUGGACACCCAGGUCAAGCCAAUGAGAUGGACAUGAAGGCCAUGAGAACAUACAUAGACCGCAUUGCACAGAGGGUGGACCAGAUGCAGGACGGUGUGAAUGAGCUGCUCACACGUGUUCGACCACAGUCCCCCCGCGCCACUGCAGAGGAUGACAUAUUGCUGUCUCCUUGCAGAAGUGUCACUGAACUGGAGGAGUUGGACCAGAGUCUAAAUCAGCAGGAGAGGAGGAACAAAAUGCAACAUUACCUCUCGACUCUAGGGGGACAGAGCGGAGGCAUUGCCAUUCGUCGUAUGCUACGGCAAGUGGCUACUAAUGAUGUUCUGUCGCAAUAUAGCCUGAGGGGGAGAAAGUCGAAAAGGGCCUUCCAAGACCUUUCUAUAUAUAGGAUUAUAACAGGGGCCUGCCAAAAAAGCUUUCCUUUACUCACUGCAGCAGAAAUAGAAGACCUGACUGGGCAAGCACUCAAGUUUGCCCCACACAGACAAAGGCCAUCUGUCAAAGAUUGAUGGAGUGGGCCUCUCUGGACAGCCACUGCACAUUUUACAUUCACCUUUUUUCCACACACCUACAUAGUUUUUUUAUAUACACAAGUAAACUAUUCUAUUUCUACUUGGGCGAUGGUGGAUCAGUGAGAGAGCGAGUCGACUUGAAGGAUGUGGAUUUGAUUCCCAGAUCCACUAGUCUAUAUGCUGAUGUGUCCGUGGACGAGACUUUUAACCUUAUGUUGCUCCUGAUAACUGUGCCGGCAGCAUGUGAAUGGUUAUGAAAGGUGAGUGAUAGAAAAUGUGCUGCACAUUGAUAUGCUGUAUGAAAGUGUGAGUGAAUGGGUGAAUGGCAAAAACUGUAGUGUAAAGCAGCUUUAAGUGUUCAUCUAGAAAAGUGCUAUAUAAAUACAAACCAUUUACCCUUUGUAUAUGUUGAAUUAAUUUUGUAUAUGUUGAAUUAAAACUUUUUUAUUGA